CUCAGCCCCGCCGGGCAGAUAUCUGGCACCUGGCUACCAGUCCGGCCGUCACCCCAGCAUUUCGGAGCCCCUCGCACCCUCCUUCUCCAUCAGGGGCGCCUCCAGCUUCCCUGGGCUCGACGCCCAGCUGCCUUUUUGUGGCCGUCCGCCGAGCCGGUCUUGGGGGUUGGUGAAGGCUCCCCAGCUCUAGGCCACUGACUGGGGCACAGUGAGGACCCACCGAGGUGCCUCCCCCAGGGACGGCCAGGCCUCCGGGAGCCAGGCCCCACUUCUAGGCCGGCAUACUCAGGUCUUGGGGUCACUGCGCCCAAAUGCUGAGAAUCAUCUCUGCCUCAGUCAGCCUCAGGCCCAGCCUUGGGUGCCUGCCCUGCGUGGGCAGUGCCUGCCCGGCUUCAUCAUUGCCUGGGGUUGGCUGGAGGCCCAGGGGUCGGUUCUUACCCCCCCUUCAUCAUCUGAGUUUGGGGGCAGUUCCCUCUCUCACCCCCAUCUCCACUCUGGGCAGAUCUCCCUUUGCCCCACUUUCCCUCUUCCAAAUGGCACUUGGCUCUGUAGCCUCCCACUGGUUGUCACACCCCCCUAGUCCCAGCUUCCCUGCCUUAGGAGAAACCAGGCUCCAUGGAGACAGCUGCUGGGAUCUCCAAGCACCCAGUGCCUGUCGUGGAGUCGGGUGCUGUGCCCGGGAGGUGCUGGUCCCUGAGGGGCCCCUUUACCGCGUGGCUGGCACAGCCAUCUCCAUCUCCUGCAAUGUUAGUGGCUACGAGGGCCCUGCCCAGCAGGACUUCGAGUGGUUCCUGUACAGGCCCGAGGCCCCAGAGGCUGCACUGGGCAUUGUCAGUACCAGGGACACCGGGUUCUCCUACGCUGUCUUCGGGCCCCGCGUGGCGGCUGGUGAGGUGCAGGUGCAGCGUCUGCAGGGUGAUGCCGUGCUGCUCAAGAUUGCUCGCCUGCAGGCCCAGGACGCUGGCAUUUACGAGUGCUACACACCCUCCACUGAUGCCCGCUACCUAGGCAGCUACAGCAGCAAGGUGGAACUGAGAGUUCUUCCAGAUGUGCUGCAGGUGUCUGCCUACCCCCCAGGCCCCCGAGGCCGCCAGGCCCCAACUUCACCCCCUCGCCUGACAGUGCAUGAGGGGCAGGAGCUGGCACUGGGCUGCCUGGCGCGGACAAGCACGCAGAAGCACACACACCUAGCGGUGUCCUUUGGGCGAGCUGUGCCCGAGGCGCCAGUGGGGCGAGCGACUCUGCAGGAGGUGGUGGGACUCCGGCCCGACAUGGCUGUGGAGGCUGGAGCACCCUAUGCAGAGCGGCUGGCUGCAGGGGAGCUGCGGCUGGGCAAGGAGGGGACCGAGCGGUACCGCAUGGUGGUGGGGGGUGCCCAGGCAGACGACGCAGGCACCUACCACUGCACUGCCGCCGAGUGGAUUCAGGAUCCUGAUGGCAGCUGGGCCCAGAUCGCGGAGAAGAGGGCUGUCCUGGCCCACGUGGACGUGCAGACACUGUCCAGCCAGCUGGCAGUGGCCGUCGGGCCUGGUGAACGUCGGAUUGGCCCAGGGGAACCCUUGGAACUGCUGUGCAAUGUGUCAGGAGCACUGCCCCCACCAGGCCGUCACGCUGCGUACUCCGUGGGCUGGGAGAUGGCACCUGCAGGGGCACCUGGGCCUGGCCGCCUGGUUGCCCAGCUGGACACAGAGGGUGUGGGCAGCCUGGGCCCUGGCUAUGAAGGCCGGCACAUUGCCAUGGAGAAGGUGGCUUCCAGAACCUACCGGCUACGGCUGGAGGCUGCCAGGCCUGGUGAUGCAGGCACCUAUCGCUGCCUCGCCAAGGCCUAUGUCCGAGGGUCUGGGGCCCGGCUUCGUGAGGCAGCCAGUGCCCGCUCCCGGCCCCUCCCCGUGCACGUGCGGGAGGAAGGUGUGGUGCUGGAGGCUGUGGCAUGGCUAGCAGGAGGCACAGUGUACCGUGGGGAGACUGCCUCCCUGCUCUGCAACAUCUCUGUGCGGGGUGGUCCCCCGGGGCUGCGGCUGGCUGCCAGCUGGUGGGUGGAGCGACUAGAGGACGGGGAGCUGAGCUCUGCCCCUGCCCAGCUGGUGGGUGGCAUGGGCCAGGAUGGUGUGGCAGAGCUGGGGGUCCGGCCCGGAGGAGGCCCUGUCAGCGUGGAGCUGGUGGGACCUCGAAGCCAUCGGCUGAGACUACAUGGCUUGGGGCCGGAGGACGAAGGUGUGUACCACUGUGCCCCCAGCGCCUGGGUACAGCAUGCUGACUACAGCUGGUACCAGGCGGGCAGUGCCCGCUCGGGGCCUGUCACGGUCUACCCCUACAUGCAUGCCCUGGACACCCUGCUCGUGCCCCUGCUGGUGGGUGCAGGGGUUGCCCUAGUCACCGGCGCCAUCGUCCUCGGCACCAUCACCUGCUGCUUCAUGAAGAGGCUGCGAAAACGGUGAUCCUUGGCUCCCCAGUUCUUGCAGGUAUUGACCGUCUUCCAGCCCAGCUCCAAGCCUGCUCUGGUUGCCUGGAUACCCUCUCCCUCUGUCCGCCCUUCUUUUAAUUUAUUUGACCUACCCCUACCCAGAGUGGGGGACAUGGCCCCCAUUCCCCACUCCUUCCUUCCCUAACCCCUCCCUCUGGCCUUCUGUUCUUGAUCUCAUACCCAGCCCACAGGGAGGCCAUUCCUUGACCUAGAAUUAGUUUUUCUAAAAUGUGAAUAAACUUGUUUUAUAAAAUCCAGGGCUGGCUGUGUCUUCCC